CCGUGUGCGAGGCGCGGUGGUCCACCAGCCGGACGGCGGCAAAACGUCACAGGCCGUGGAAAAUAAAAUUGCGAGCGCGGGAACAGCCCCGUUCGAAAUUCGAAAUUCGAAUUUUCUCCGCGCGGAACGAUGGUGUGGCGGCGCACAGGCGGAAGAGCACGUCGACUGGGGGACGAGCGCGCAGGCUUGACGUCGCGUUUCGUACUUCAGCGGCACCGCGCCGCCACCGUGUGUACUGUGUUCGUCACAGGCAAAACAAAGCGGCGUGUCUUCUCCUGCGCUCGCCACGUGCAUGCGAGCGGCGCUUUCGUGGUUCCGGGACGGAGGACGAACGCUCCCAUCGCGGUGUGGGUGGCGGUGGACGUUGCUCUUUGUCGUGGACGUGCGCGAAUGGAGGGAUGCGAUGGGGGUGGCCGUGCUGUGCUGUCGUGGACGGAGAGGACAGCUAUCGCGGCGGCUGUCGUUGCCGUAGUCCGUCGAUACGAAGCGGAGAGGGUGGCGGGCCGCAUGAAGGCAGCGCUUUCUAGGCGGCGACACAGGCUUCUGCUGCAGAGGGUGUUGGACGCCCCAGACUGCAUCACGACUUCGGAGGCCGUGGUUCAGCUGUGCGCUGCAAUCGGCUCUGGUGUGCUUCCCAGGGCGUCGCCACGUUGGUGGAUGAGGCGGAGAACUGGCGGGACUUGGGAGGAUUUGCGGGUGUGCGAUGACGCGACGGAUGACUACUUCCGGGAAAAGCUCCGCAUGUCGAGGAGAGUGUUCAUGGAGAUCACCGAAGCCUGUGCGCCUCAUUUGCAACGACAGGUCACGUUUUACAGGGAGCCGCUUCAGCCGGAUCAGAUCGUCGCAGCAUCCGGAGUUCGAGCCGUGCGCGAUGUGACAGCCGCGUUGUUGAGGGUCUACGGGGACAAGAUAUCGUGGCCGACGGGGGUGCGUAAACACGUGGUGCUUUGGGCAUUUCAGGACAAGGGCUUUCCCAACUGCCAUGGCGCAGUUGACUGCACACACAUCUACGUGGACAAACCGGCGAACGCUCCGAGCGAGAACUACUUCGAUCGCAAGCACCGUUUCUCUAUCAUUGCGCAGGUGGUGGUGGACCUGGAUCUACGUGUGCUUGACGUCUUCGUUGACUACCCGGGCAGCUGCCACAACAUUCGGGUGAUCCAGCUGUCAAGUCUGUCGAAGCGCGCGGAAGAGGGAACGCUUUUUCGUGGGCCGCCUGUAACGCUACCAGGAGGAGUGAGGACGAACGGAUACAUCUUGGGCGACAACGGGUAUCCUCCUUCAGAAUGGAUAGUGGUGCCGUACGGAGGAAUCAAUCAGCACCCGGGCGAGGAAAGGUUCGACAACAAACAGAAGGUCGCUAGAGGUGCUGUGGAGAGGGCGUUCGGGAGGUUGAAGGGGAUGUGGAGGCUCUUCCUGCGGUCGCACAAGACGAACUUGGACACUCUGCCGCAGCAGUUCACGGCCGUCUGCAUUCUCCACAACAUCUUGCUUGAUGCUGGAAUCGAGUUCGACGAGAACUUUUUGUGGGAGGUCGACGAGAACGGGGUGAGGCGGCGAGUGGACCUGGGGAUUCAUCGCCCACUGCAGCCAGUGACGAUGCUCACAUCGACGGACGCCGCACACGCGCUCCGCAAUGCCCUUGCGGAGCGAAUGAAACACAUCUGAUCGUGCGUGUCGCGCCACUCUGCCUGUCGUGCACAGACAGAAGCCGUGUGCGUCCGUCGUCGAGUCGCAGCGCUUGCGUCAUUCACGA